AUGCGAGCUCUGGCGAUUUUACCAUUCCUUCUCUCGGGGGCGCUCUCCGUCUGCACUAACUGUAGCGACGACGCCUACCGUUGCGAGGAUGUCAACCACGAGCAGCCCAUAAAUGACAGUUUGACGAAAACAGUUUGUAAAGAUUUUGAGUCCAAAGGUGCUAAACUUUGCAAAUGCACGGCCGACCAUCUGCUCUACUGCCAGUACACCGGCGAUAUUCCUUUCGAGUCCAAGUGCAAGAGGCCCGGUAGAGGCGGAUACCGUGCCGAGUUGCCGUGA